AUGGAGGAAGAAGGCGGCGCGGGGUUUGGGUACGGAAGGAACAACCCCGUUGUCAUGAAUUCCUCCUCUUCCUCUGCGACGGUUUACCGGACAAUUACUCCGCCACCGCUCACCGCCAUCGACAGGUUCUUGUGGGGCCCCCAGGCCCGAGGCGGCAACAGCAGCAGCAGCAAUAACAUCAAUCAGCAAACCCAUUUCCCACAGCAGCAGCUCAUCACCACGACAACAAAAGAAGCGCCGCCGCUCAACGGGUUUCUUUACGGCUACAGUGAUAAUAAUAACAACAACAACAACAACAACAACAACAACAACAAUUCGUCGAAUCCGUCGUCGUUUUGUCCACCGGCUGGGGGGGAAAGGCGGCGGCGGGAAGAAGGCGGGAAGAAGCAGCCGUCGUCGGCUUCUGCCGCUUUGAUCAAAGGCCAGUGGACUGAAGAAGAAGAUAGGAAGCUGAUAAGGCUGGUGAAGCAAUUCGGGAUAAGGAAAUGGGCGCAGAUAGCUGAGAGGCUUGCUGGGAGGGCUGGUAAGCAGUGCAGGGAGAGGUGGCACAACCAUUUGCGCCCAGAUAUCAAGGUCUCUUUUUCUCCCUUCGUUUUGCCAUUUUAG